CGCGAUCAGCUCGCGACGUUGACGCUGAGCAACGCCGCGAUAUGGGAACGCGAGCGGUCGAGGACGGAGGUGCCCGCGCCGUGGAUCAUCAAGGCGCCGUACUUCGCGUUGUGUACCUUUUUGGAUCUGGUCUUCCCCGAGGACCGGCCGAUACAGCGGUUCUGGUUCUUAGAGUCCGUCGCGCGGAUGCCGUACUUCUCGUAUAACACCAUGCUGACGUUGUACGAGCUCUUAGGGUGGUGGCGACGAAGCAGCGAACUGCGCAGGGUGCACUUCGCGGAGGAGUGGAACGAGUAUCAUCACCUGUUGAUCAUGGAGUCGCUCGGCGGGGACGCGCUCUGGCGCGACCGGUUUCUCGCGCAGCACGCCGCGUUGGCGUACUACCUCGUCCUCAUCGCUUUAUGGUUGAUAUCGCCCGCGCUCGCGUACAACUUCAGUGAGCUCAUCGAAGCGCACGCGGUGGACACGUACGCGCAGUUCGCGGACGAGAACAAAGAAAAGUUGAGGACGCUCCCGGCGCCGCGCAUCGCGAGGGCGUACUACGAAAACGACGACAUGUAUCUCUUCGACGAGUUUCAAACCGCGCGGCCGCGGUCGUCCCGCCGCCCGCGCGUUCGAACCCUCCACGACACCUUCUGCGCGAUCCGCGACGACGAGAACGAGCACGUCGCGACGAUGAAGGAGUGCCAGAUGGAGGACAGCGCGAUGGCGGACGUGAAC